GACAGAGCCCGGGAGCGAACUACGGCCGGCAACCUCCGCAGCUUUAAACAUUAGGGUUUCUGGAGCCGAGCUGGGCGGCCGCCUGCCCGUUUGCUUUCCGCACUCGGUCUGCGUCCGUCGGAGGCGGCUCGGAGGCGCUGCAGCCUCCGAGGGGAGGGCCCUCACCGGAGCCACCCGGCCGCCAUCAUCCCGGCGUGCACCGCGGCGGCGGGCGAGUCGGCGGCCAUGUUGCGGUAGUUUGUUGUUUUCUUUCUGCGGAGGAGCAGGGCCGGAGUGGUCCGGCCCGGCUUCCUCGCUCUCCCCGUCCCCAGUCCUGGCCCGCCGCCCACCGGCCCCCGGCCCCGGCCGCGCUUCCCCCGGCCGGCCCGGCGGCUCCCCAGCUGGCUUGGUGGGACGAGGUUGAAGCCGGGCCCAGCGAGCACCAUGGCGGCCGCCCUGGGAGCGGGCGGAGGAGCCGGCGCCGGAGAUGAUGACUUUGAUCAGUUUGAUAAGCCUGGAGCGGAGCGGUCCUGGAGGAGAAGAGCUGCGGAUGAGGACUGGGACAGUGAACUUGAAGAUGACUUAUUGGGAGAAGAUUUGCUCUCUGGUAAAAAGAACCAGUCGGAUUUGUCAGAUGAAGAGCUAAAUGAUGAUCUUUUACAGAGUGAUAACGAAGAUGAAGAAAAUUUCAGUUCUCAGGGAGUCACAGUUAGUCUGAAUGCCACAUCUGGCAUGGUCACAUCAUUCGAACUGUCUGACAACACUAAUGACCAGUCUGGAGAACAGGAGUCCGAGUAUGAACAAGGAGAGGAUGAGCUCGCCUAUCACAAAUCUGACGGGUCUGAACUGUAUGCUCACGAGUAUCCUGAGGAAGGGCAGUACGAGGGCCAUGGUGCUGAGCUGCCCGAGGACCACAUCGAGUACGUGGAGGAGCCGGAGGAGGAGCAGCUGUACAGCGACGAGGUGCUGGACAUCGAAAUCAACGAGCCUUUAGAUGAAUUCACAGGAAGUAUGGAAACUUUGGAACUGCAGAAGGAAAUAAAAGAAGAAUCAGAUGAAGAAGAUGAUGAUGAUGAAGAAUCUGGACGAUUACGUUUCAAAACGGAAAGAAAAGAAGGAACAAUUAUUAGGCUCUCAGAUGUAACUAGAGAGAGAAGGAACAUUCCAGAAACUUUGGAGCUGUCAGCAGAGGCCAAAGCUGCGUUGCUUGAGUUUGAAGAAAGAGAACGACAGCACAGACAGGGGCGCUAUGGCUCCCGGCGGGGCGGCCGGAGAGGAGGCUCCUUCAUGUGCCGCGGAAUGGGGGAGCCGAGGAGAGAGAGCAGUGACAGGGGUCGGACGAAAGACCACAGACCCGCGCUGCUCCCCACACAGCCUCCUGUUGCGACGCACUCGCCGAGGUUGAUUCCUCCCCCGCAGUCUCAGCCUCCCCCACCGCCGCCGCCGCAGCAGCAGCCAAUCAGGAGCCUCUUCCAGCAGCAGCCCCUGCAGCCUCUGCUGCCCCUGCAGCCCACACACCAUCCCUCCCCUCCUCAGGGGGUGCACAUGCCGCCCCAGAUGGACGCCCCGAGGGUGCUGAUGACCCCUCCUCCCGGCGCCCCCCAGCAGCCUAAGAACAUACACAUCAACCCCCACUUCAAAGGGGCGGUGGUGACACCCGUUCAAGUGCCCUUGCUGCCUGUCCCGAGCCAGCCGAGACCCGCCGUGGGACCCCAGAGAUUCCCCGGCCCUCCUGAAUUCCCUCAGCACAACCCUGGACCUGUCCCCAACAACUUCAGCCAGCCCCCACGACUUCCUCUCCAGGACCAGUGGAGAGCCCCACCCCCGCCCCAGGAGCGAGACCCUUUCUUCUUAGGAGGUGAACCAAGGUUCCCGAGUCAUCUCUUUCUGGAACAGCGCAGCCCCCCUCCACCGCCACCUCCGCCCACGCUUCUUAGCAGCAGCCACCCUGUGCCCACGCCCAGCCCCUUAGCCUUCACUCAGCCGGGACCAGCGUUUAAUCAGCAAGGACAGCAGCCGGUGUUCCCCCGAGAGAGGCCCGUCAGGCCCAACCUCCAGCCUCCGGGGCCAGUGGGCAUUCUCCACUUCAGCCAGCCUGGGUCAGCAGCCACGCGGCCCUUCAUCCCUCCUCGACAGCCCUUCCUGCCGGGACCCGGACAGCCGUUCCUGCCCGCGCACGCACAGCCCAGCCUGCAGGGGCCCCUGCACCCCCCACUGCCCCCUCCACACCAGCCCCAGCCGCAGCCCCAGCAGCCCCCGCUGCAACCGCCCCCACAGCACCAGCCGCCGCCGCAGCACCAGCCGCCGCCGCAGCACCAGCCGCCGCCGCAGCACCAGCCACAUGCACCUCCGCCACCGCACCAGCACCUCUCCGUGCCGCCGCCGCCUCUGAUGCCCAUGGCGCAGCCCCAGUUCAGGCCUCACGUGCAGACAGCUCAGCCCCCGCCGAGCAGCAGCCGGGUGCAGUGCCCCCAGCGCCAGGGCCUGCGGCAUAACAUGACUUCUCAGAACGUGAGCAAGCGGCCGAUGCAGCAGAUGCAGCCCACUGCCCCGAGAAACAGCAACCUGCGGGAAUUGCCCAUAGCGCCGCCGCACGUGCUGGAGCUCAGCAGCCGCUGCCCCUCCACGCCUUCGGCCCACGUGAAGCCCAUGGUCAACACGUCGCCCCCCACCAGGCCCGGGCUGGGGCCCCGGAAUGCACAGGGCAAGGCGGAGGUGCAGGUCAAGCCGGUCAGCCCUGUGGUCCAGCCCAAAGAAGAAGCAAAAGCAGAAGCAGAGUUUCCUGAUGAAGAUGAAGAGACGAGGUUGUAUCGCUUGAAGAUAGAGGAGCAGAAGCGCCUCCGGGAGGAGAUCCUGAAGCAGAAGGAGCUACGCCGGCAGCAGCAGGCGGGCGCCCGGAAGAAGGAGCUGCUGGAGAGGCUGGCGCAGCAGCAGCAGCUCUGCGCGCCCCCGCCGCCCGCGGCCGAGCGCGACGAGCGGCCGUCCUCGCCCUCGCCCACCAACGGCAGCCCCUUGUUACCCUUCCCAGGAGCCCAGGUCAGACAAAACGUGAAAACCAGACUUCUCGUGAAAGGUCAAGAUGUCCCUGUCUCCAAUAUUCAGCCCCAAAUCUCAAAUUCGGUGCCAUCUGGUGCUAACAUGCAGUACCCAGGACAGCAGAUGAAACCACUGAAACAUAUGAGACAGGCCAGGACGGUGCCCCCAGGCCCGGUGCAGCACAAAGCCCUGCCCGGGCUGCCUCCGGAUGGGGAGGGGCCGCCGCCCCCCUCACAGGCCGCUCGAGCCGCUGCGCUCCAAGGCCGGCCCCCAGACCCCAAGACCGGCGCGAAAAGGACUGUCAUGCACCGGGCCAACAGCGGCGGCGGAGACGGGCCGCACGUCAGCGCCAAAGUCCGGGUGAUCAAGCUGUCCGGCCGGGGAGGAGAGAGCGAUGGCUUUUUUCACCCGGAGGGCCAGCCCCAGCGGCUCCCCCAACCCCCGGAAGUGAGGCAGCAGCCUGUCCGCAAGGUGACGCUGACCAAGGGGUCCCUUCAGCAGCCCCAGCACCUGCCGAUGGGGGUCCACAUGCACUCAGCCGGCCCUCCAGGCAUUAAGAACAUCCCAGGACUCCAUCCAGCCAAGAAGGUCAUCGCGCACAGUCGAGGCCGGGGAGUGGCAGGGCCAAUGGGCCGCGGCCGCCCGAUGCCCAACAAGCAGAACCUGCGGGUGGUGGAGUGCAAGCCGCAGCCCUGCAUGGUGUCCGUGGAGGGGCUGUCGUCGUCCACCACGGAUACCCAGCUCAAGAACCUGCUCAUGUCCGUGGGGCCCAUUCAGAGUUUGCAGAUGCUUCCGCAGCAACGGAAAGCCAUAGCCAAGUUUAAGGAACCAGCCCACGCAUUAGCGUUUCAGCAGAAGUUCCACAGGCACAUGAUAGAUCUGUCCCACAUAAACGUGGCCCUGAUUGUUGAGUGAUUUCUGACAGGGGAGGCUGACCUUGCACUGCACACAUGCUGUGGAGUUUCUCCGCGGAAGCCGCCGGCGCAGGACCGCACGAGCUGAGGUCUCUCCGUCCAGUCUUGUAACUUGUCCGGAGCGCUGGGCGGCCCAGCUCUGACUCCGGGAGAGCUGAACUGAUGGGACGUGGUGGCUGGGGCUCGGGGUUAGGUUGCUUCCGGUUCUGUGGUCACCUCAGAGAACUGCAGUUUUUGUUUUCUUUUGUUUUCAAAGUGCUUCCAAUGCAUGUAGACAUUGUUGUUCGUGAUCUUCCUGUCUGAUCGAGCACAGUGACUUAGGUUCAGGAGACAGCAUCCGCGUCACAGACGCUGAGCAUCGUUCACAGCAAAGAAUAUUUGAUAAUGGUUGCAUUUAUCUUCAGUGCAGGCUAGACAAGUUCUCCCAGCCAAGCAUAUCUUGCGUGACUUCUCAGAAAGGCUCGCAAAGGCUCUUACAAAACAUGGAUGGACAUUUGGGUGGUUGUGAUUGACAGUUGCAUAUCCAGGAAAGGAGGGCUCAAGGGUGCUUGGGAGUGGCGCCAGUGGUGUGGCCGAUUCUGCUGCUUGUAAAGAUCCCAAAAGGCCAACUGCGCAUUCCUAGCUCCAGAGGGGCCCACCCACCCUUUUAACUCUUGCCAGAUGAGGCGAGGAUGCAGGUGGCCAGCACCACGCAGCCCUCAUGGGAGGUCCCUGCUAGGUGGGCUGCAUAGCAGACCUGCCAGGCGGAGGCAGUCCCAAGCUCGAACAAACCUGUUUGGUUUCUCCCUAUUUUUAAAUGCAGCCCAAAGUGGCAUAGUCGUGUCAUUGGCUCUGUGACAUGUGACAUUCUUUGGGAAGCUAGUUGCUUUAGCUUUUUUUUUUUUGGAAGGCCUUGAGUGUGUCUGUGCUGUCUUUAGAUCUAAGAGAGCAGUGACACUGACCCUGGUGUGUCACUCUUGGUGGCAUGUGGUGUGAGGAUGGCUGUCUUACAGGGACGGCGACGCCCAAAGUGUAAUUGAGUGCCACCCAUGGCCAUGGUUGAGUAAUUCUGGGUAGGCGGCUGGCUCCUUUAGGCGACAUACUUACUCCCCAUAAAGCGACCUUAGUAAAAUUCAUUCUGGGCAAACACUGAAAAAGUGCCUUAUUGCAUUUCUGUUCGCUGAGGGGGUCUCACUGUCCCGGAGUUACUCUGAUGUGGACCCGAGCCACUGGAGCAAAUGACAUGAGGGCACACUCAAACCUUUUAGCGUAUUUAAUACCUAAGGUGUCAGGUCAGAUUCAGUCAUAGAAUGAAGGGGAAUCGGAGCUUUUUGGCACCAGGUGCCUUUGGUUAGCGCAGCGGGGCCCAGGACGUGACGGAAGGCCCGUGCAGGCAGCCCGGUGCCUGGACCAGGACCCAGGGCGUGCGAGUUUGUGCCAUCUUUUUUGCACGGCUGGUAUUUUAUGUUACUCUUUGAAAUUAAAUGGCCAGAGCUGGACGAGAGUAUCCAGACCCUAUGAGAGCUUGUGUAGCCUUGAUUCUUAGACGGCACUGUGUGCUGAGAGAGGGCCUGGAGAUGACGGUGGUGGCCAACAGGUGGUUGCUCCCAGGACCUAGCUCCCGGGACUGUAGGCUUGACUAGCCCUCGGGAGAUGGCGCCAUGUGCCAGCCCCGCCUCGAGACGCAGCAGUGAAGUGCCCAAGAAGUGGGUGCUGUCGCUGCCCACUCGUCACCAGUAGUGUAGACGUGUUUAUGUAGAGAAGCGUAGUUGAGCCAGCUCCGUCCACAGUGGGCUCCACUGAAAUGGUAAGUUUGGUGGCUGUCGCUGUAAUGAAGAGCCAUCCAGACCACUUCCCCACCUGGGCAGAGGGCGGAUGGCAGGCAGGGCUCCGUCUCUCACUGAGGACGUUCCAGUGUAGCAAGAUGAAUUGAACACACUUUUGCCACUUUCUGGAAAUAGUCUGUGUGUUUUGUGGCUUUGAAACCAAAAAUCUGCAUGUUGUCCGUGAAAGUAGGCAUUUGAGUGUGUUUUUUCUAGUUAUUGAUGAUAGCUAAUCCUACUUGGGCAAUGCGGCCACUUCAUGGUCUCCUUUUGGCCUUGCCCAAGUGUGACGUGGGUGCCCGGGCUGUGCGCGCGCACACGCGUGCUUUUCACAAACCCCGUCGCAAAGCAGGCUUUCCCUGACAGCAUGGCUUUGAAUGGCUCCACGCCGAGGGUGCCCAGCGCUGGGAAAGGGCCUGUCCUUGCAGCGGGCCCGUGACAAAGCUGAGUUUCCUUGGAGGAGAGAAGCAGAAUUAGAAAGUCACGGUAUUUCCAUUUUCGGUGCACUUCUCGCAGCGAAAUCAGACCACCGUAAGCUGAAUUCUUGGAAGAUCUGUUGCAACCAUUAUCUUUGUUCUUUAUUCAUCAUGCAUUUAAAAUGAGACGCAGAAGCAUUUAACAUACUGUGUAAAUACGGACCUUUUAAAAUUAAAAUGUUAUUGGAAAUGCUUUCAGUUCCACACCAUCUUAGCUAUUUGUUAGUUCUUUUGUGUUGUCUUAUCAAAGUUCAAUGGAUACAGUUCCAUUAUUGUUGAUGUGUUCGUGUGUGUAUUCGAUUUUUAUAAAGAUGGGAGUAAGUCAAUACAUUUAUCCUGACCUGUGUAUUAUUUGUUCACAAAUUCAAGAAGCUUAAAGCCAGUGAAUAUCAGUAUAUCUCAGAAGGCAAAUACAACAGGUGAUUGUGUGGAGACAAGUUACUUUUUCUUUUCGCCUUACCGUGUUUUGAUUUUGUGCUGUAAUGUACGUUCACCUAGCCACCGACCUGAGCAUAACCCGCCAUUGCUGUUGGUCUGGCUGCGUUUGUUAAGUCCUUAUUCUGACAUCCUUCUAAAGGGGAACUCUCGUCUCUUUUUUCUAAAAGAAUGUUGAGCGUUCCCUCUUCCUGGACAGGCAGCACCCUCAGUGGGUGCUUGUGGCCUCACCCUGCCUGGAAGGGGGGCGACUCCCUCGUAACCACGUUUGUCUUGGGUCGUCCUCACCUUGACUUGUAAAGGUCCUGGGGAAACGCUUGUUCACCCCUGGUUCUGUAGCGUCUGAAUUGUGGCAGAGCUUAGAUCCUGCUCCCAGGACUCUUUUCAAACAGCAUUUUGCUUCAUUUGCUUCAUUCUGCAAAUAGAGACUUGGUUGCUGGGAGGAGGCCGGGUGUAGGGGGAGGGGCAGGAGGAGCGGUAGAAAUGGGGUGAGGGGCUUGCAGAGCGAAGGACCUGUAACAGGUGUUCAUAAUAACUGUUCUAACACACUGACCCCGGGGGUCGGCAGUCCGGCGGAGAGGCAUGCGGCUGGCGGGACACGGGGGUCUCAGCAGGUGUCUGCUGGCCGUGCCGGCUGGAGGGUGGGAGGGCGCCUGCCUGUCAGGGAGCCACCUUGUUCUCCGUGGCCGGCAGCGGGGCCUGGCUGCCUUACAGAUGAGACCUGAGGCUAGGCCUUGCUCUUAGAGCUGGUUUUGAGAGGCUAUCACUUCUUUUCUUUUUGUUUUGGCUUUCAGUUUUUUUGUUCUGUUCUCUUUAUUUUGUUCCUUAUUUCUGUUGUUUGAUUGAAGGUAAGCUCCCCUUGCUCGUGGACCACUGGGCUGACAGGGACCCUGUUGAGGACAGUUAGGUGUGAGAGAGGUCUGUGUGCACUGGUGCCCUGAGCCACCUCGCCGCCCCUGUCCCCUGGAGAGGCAGUGUGCUCACGUCGUAGGCGAUGGGCUCCCUCGUGUCACUGUGUUCUUCCCAGGGUCAUUUUUAAUUUUCCUCCCUCCCUGCUUGUGGGACUCCAUCUUCACUCCUUCUAGCAGGUAGAGCCCCUCCCCUUUGUUUGUUCAUUUGUUUGUUUGUUUGUUUGGAGGGGGGAGAAAAUACUUGAAAGGUAUUGUUGGUUCUUUACAGAUUUUAAGUGGCAUUCUAAAGGAGAAUUCACUAACCACGAGGGGGUGGAGGGUAUGAAAUGGGACUGGAGGCGCCCCAGGAAGGAGCCCCCCGGGAGCUUAGAUUGUCAGUUAGGGGAAAGCUGAGACGUUUUGUAUUUGAUGAGCAUUUCAGGGAACCUUUUCAACUAUUUUUAAAACUUGUGAAUGAAGUGUUCUUUCGGACCUUCUUAAAUAAGAACUUCAAAGGCGUGUAGCCUUGAUUUAUUAUUAAAUCCUAAGGAUUUUGUGUAAGGUUUUUUUGCAACCUAUUUAAUUUUCACCACUUAAAGUGCCCAUGGUUUUAUGUACUAGAACCAAAGCGGAACCCACUGAUUCAUAUUGGAUCCCAGGUAUACCUGCUGGUAACAGGUGGUGGCAAGGGUCCUUGGUGUCACACCGUGUAACCUCCCUUUCCGGACACGGCUACACCUCCUACCCUCUCCUGUGCCCUGUUUUGGUGUCAUCAAGAUGAGAGCCAAAACAGGCUCUUUAGUGAGAAGUCGCUUUUUCCCCUUUCUUCUAACCAACUAAAAUGUAAAAAGUCUUCAUGUUGGUGUUUUGCUUUGCUUUAUUUUACUAAUUUUAAAAGGUAUGUAGAAGAAUACAGCCCUUUAGAAAGAAGCAUCACGUAGUUUUUAAACUUGAGUCUGUCCCGCAGAGUGGACAGAAGCGUCAUCUCCGUACAUUGUGUGCAGCAGUUUGAUAGACUCGAGGAAGUAGUCCUCCUGCCGCUCUUCCAACGUGGCUGUCGUUUAAAUGCUUUCCAGUUCAGGGGCACGCAUCACGGAAGCUGACGGUUAGGGGCUGUUUGGGUUUCGUGUGCUCUGCAGUGUUGUCGUAGAAUAUAUAAUUCAGGUUUUUACACGCACACGCACACACACAUACACACAUGCACACGCACCCCCCUCUCCUCCCCCGACAUUUGCGCUGUCGACCGAAGAGCAAAUAACCCUUCAGUUUUAUAUUCCGCUUUGCUUUUCACAGGCGUGGGAUCCAGGUGGCUUCUCCUCUGUGAGGAUUUUAAUGCUCAAGCUUUAAUUCCGCUGUUUAAUUUUCAGGUUCCGCCACAGCAGAGCCCCAACCCGGUGUUUUUUUCAUUGCUGAGCUGGUUCUCUGUGGGGGCGCUGCCUUCUCUGCUGCUGCUGCUGCGCUGCCCCCCCCCCGCCCCCCUUUUGUCUUGGACUUCCUUUCCUGCCUGGCUCUGCCCUCUUCCCGCUGCACCCCUGGAUGUCUGUGCGCUGCCUUGCCCUCCUGCUCACUGCUGGGACAUUCCCGCUCCUCUCCACUGUUCAUACGUAGAAUUCCACUCUGGGGUGCGAGCGUGCUAUGAGUUGGUGUCCUGGGUGUGUGGUCACCUCUGAACCUUUGCUUCGACAGGUUUCUACUCAGGACUCCUUCCUCCAGGGCUUUGGUUGGAGAGAAUAACGCUGGCAUUCUGUUAUUUUGCAGCUGGACUGUGGGCGUGCGUGGCGCCCAGAGGCGUGCGGCCGGCCGUGCCACUCCUCACCCCUUUGUCUUUGCCCUCUACUUCACAGGACCUCUUUUAAAAGCGUGAGCUCAGUGUUAGUACUAGCGCCUAGCCGCCCGGAACGCGGCCUGUCCGACUGUCACUGCCCUGGCUGACCGUGGCCUUCCUAACCGUAAUGCGUGUGCUGCACGGCGGGUGUGCGCGGCUGGGGGUGGGGGUGCGCUGCGCGUCCCAAGCCGAGAGUGGGGUUGCGCGCCUCUGGGCUGACCUCCGCGUUUCCUGGCGGUCGCUCCGCACGCACACUUGCGGGGUGUGAUGUGGCCUGUCGUACCCCACUGUUCACGCUGCACUAGUCGCUGUAACGACCUUAUCAGGAAUAGAUGUGAAGAACAGGAGUGACGUAGCUGGAAAAAAUGUAUUGUGUGUAUCAUUUGUGUGAUUCCAUACUGAAAAAUGUGUUUGAACUGUAUUGUAAUUUGAAAGAUGUAUUAAUAAAGUAUCUUGCAAUUCC